CCGGCCCAUACAGAGUGUGAUGGUAUUUUGUAUCCUGCUUCAGACAAAUCAUCAUCAUCCCAGUAAACCAGCAAACGACAGGUUUCCUGAGGUAUCCAUUGAUACUUCCUGUGCACCCGACCGACUACAGUCUGUGUAUUGAAUUAUGAUGAUGCAUGAUGUAUAUAUUCAUCCAUUCUUUUCCCCACACAUGCCGCGAUAUAUAGCUUAGGAGUUUGUGUGCAAGGCUGGCUUGGCUGACCUUGCUGGCUGGCUGAAAAUACUCCUCCAACAGCGAGUUAUAGCUCCGCAGUGGUAAUCUGGAGUGCACUGUGCAAGUUGUCGUCAUGUGAUGUUGCAGUGUGGUUAAGGGGAGGACACCCAUCAAUCGCGCAUGCGUGCCGCUCUACUCGUUUCCGCCUUGAUGCGUUGGCAGGUCCAUCCAGGGCAAAUGAUUGCGUGUUGAAUGCAAUGAUAAUCAGCUAUUGGUACUACACGAGGCAUUGCUAGGCAGCAAGGGACCGGGAGAAAUACUGAGGCCAACACAAGAUCCUGUCUGCAAAACUCGUCCCGGGGAGUUCAAUAGGCUGAGACUCCACCGGCGUAUCCUCUGCGGUGCAUACAUUAUUCAUGAGGUUGCACAGUAGAGCGUGACUGAGCGGCCACCACGCACACACUAAGCCAGACGGUGGGCCGGGGCCGCAUCUCAUCUUACUAGACCCCAGCUGCAUCAUCGUCAUGUCUCGCCGCAAACAGGCCUUGCCAGCCCGGAUAACAGAUUUGACUGAAGGAGCUGAUAGGGAACAGGAAACAAAGGCCUCAACUGAUGGGCAAAUUGGUGACAUCCAGGAAGCAGAGAUGGACCACAAAGACAGAACAGUCAGCGUCCGAGAGACACGGUCGAGUACGAGCGGUAGCAGCCAGAACGUAACGAGUACCCACAAAAAGGCUCCAAAGACAAAGGGGGUUGGGCUGCGCGGGUCACCAGUCAAGGGUGAGAGGUCAGGUCUCCGACGGACCCAGCGCAAGAACGCCGCCCAGAGGUACAAGCUGGGGAAGAUAGCCGCGGCCGAGGAGAACAAGAUGAUUGGCGCUGAGCUGCGAAGUGAACGACGGAGGUCAACAGAGGUCGCUGUGAAGGGCAAAGCAGCGGUGGCAAAGAGAACCAGGAGUACAGGGAGGGUAUCAACUGACAGUCUUGGUGGCGAUGGAGUUAAUGAGGAUGAUGCAAUCGGCACCGAGACUGAAGUUGGAAAGGCGAGUCCGAGAUUGAUGAAUGGGAGCUUUGAACCGCAGGUGGAUGACCCUCCAACACCCAAAAGCACCAACGAUGACCCCGCUCCCAAUCACCAGUUACCCAAGAGAGCCCCGACAGUCGCUGACUCACACCUUGAGCCCCUGAAUCUGGCCACGGGGACUGACAGCUCCAGUUGCCCGGAACCGUCGGGGACAGGUUGUGCUGCUAAGCCACAGCCGUCGGCGGAGGAUGACACUGACCGAGCCUCGGCCUUCAGCAACAGCAGCGAUUCACCUCAUCAUCAGCAUCCUGGUACAGACUUGGCCCACCGUCAUCUUUGCAGUGAUAGCACUGCUGACACGGGAUCGAGCCCCCGUGCCACAUCAGAGGAAGUCGGGGCUGAGUCAGGCAUGCGGAGUGACAGCCCAGUUGGGGAGCAGAGCCCAGACCCGGCCGUGGCCUCGGCAGGGGAGACUGUGAUGUCUACGGCUGAUGGCAGCGAGGCAACACAGGGAUCCAGCAAACAGCCAGAUGGAUCAAUCUCAGAUGACACAUCAGAAACUUCUCCCUGGACAAAGAAUGUCUUCAAACGGCGACGCCCCAUGGAGGAAGGCAACACAUCACUGACCUGCCCAGUCUGCUCUGAAGGGUUUGAAGACAAGCAUCACCUGACUGUCCACUUCAGAGAGCACAACACCAUCACCAGUGACGGCACCAUGCACUCCUGCAAGCUUUGCGGCAAGAAGCUGAGCUCCACAAGCUCCCUGGAUCGCCACAUGCUGAUCCACUCUGGAGAACGACCCCACAGGUGCCCCAUCUGUCCCAUGUCCUUCACGACUAAUGGGAACAUGCGCCGCCAUGUCCGCACCCACGAGAAGGGUGCCUCUAAUGGCACUGCUACAAACACAGAAGGGGAGUAUAUCACUGAGACGAUGUACAGCAAGCCCCGGAAACGCAUCCCAUCCAAGCGUCUCCUCAGCUCUGAGGAGCCUGAGUCGGACUUCUUCCUAUCCAAGCGGAUGGCCUUAGACAAUAAGGACAGCCCAACCAAAGUCCGAGUCAAGGAGGAGGAGCUGACCUGCCCAGUAUGUAAUAAGACCUUCUUGUGCCACUACGGCCUGCAGACCCACAUGGAGCUCCACCCCAACGUGGUCAUCAAGUGUGACCAGUGUGACGCUACCUUCAAGAACCACCGGGGUCUGCGGAUGCAUGUGAUGAUGUCCCACAAGAAGUCCAGCCCCAGCAAGGCUUCCACUCCUCCUGAUGUGCCCCUGGGCUUCCAAGACCUUGGCUACGUGGCUGACAUCUCCUGUGACAAGUUUCCCCUCAUAGCUCAGGAGUGGUGCGAGCGCAACGUCCGGCGUUGCAACAGCAUCGCGCAUAGAUUCAUCUGCUCGGUAUGCAGUAAGGCAUUUCCUUGUUCCAGUGCUCUCGAUCUACACAAAGAGAAAAAUCAUGCCAUCAAAGCCAAUGCCUCUAAGCCAAAGCCUGUCAUUGAAAAUGCUGCAAGCCCUAGCAAGGAAGAAAACCUUCUUACAAAAGAUGUUGAGCCGACUAAGGAGAACAAACACUAUUACAACAAACUACGAGAAACGUUUCCCUCCCAGGAGGAGUUUAUGGCCACACUGCUGCUCAAACCCAACCCCUCUCCCAAUACCAAGGUGCUUCCAAACCAUCACCUUACUCUGGGACAGCCGAAAAUGCCAUCCCAGAAUAAAGCCCUGUCAUCCCACUCUGUGCCUGACGAUCAGAGCCAUGCCGAUAGGGACUUCGCUGAUGUUGGAAAAAUUCUGACCCUGACUACCUCAGCAUCAAGUAAUCCUCUGUCGAUGCUGAAGCAUCUUAGCAAGGGUGCUAAGCAAUCUCCAGUAAAACCCUCCACACUUUCUUCCGCAUUUACCUCGCCUUCAUCCAAGUCCAAGGCAAAGGCUGGUGUCUUCACAGCCUCUAAACCCCCGCCCGCUCACUCCCAUUUUCCCGGUCAGUACAAAGCCCACAUCCGACAGGCCGACAACGAGCCACGAUCAGCCGACCCUGCCACAGAGAUGCAUUUUCCCACUGAGGUGGCAAGAGACGAGUGUAAGAUGGAGUCAGCAGCCACCACAAGCGAGGAAACGGCAUCCGACAUCGGAACAGAGUCUGAGCCGAUGGAACCCGAGAAAACCAAAGAAGAUUCUGAAGACGAUAAAGGCAACAAGAAGGUCGGCAAGUAUGUCUGUAAGUACUGUCAGGAAAGCUUCCUGCAGUACAGCAGUUUGAAGAUUCAUCUACGUACUCACAUGGGGCUUACACCCUUCAAGUGCCUCUUGUGCGAUUACUCAAGUGCUGAUAAGAGCACCUUGGUCAGACAUAUGAGGACCCACAGCGGUGAGCGCCCCUACUCCUGCAAAAUUUGUGAUUUCCCCUUCACCACCAAGGCAAACUGCGAGCGCCACAUUAAGAAGCGACACGGCAAAGCAUCAAAGCUGGACAUAGAAAUGACCAUCAUCCACAACUCGGCCGGCAGUGCAGGCAGUGAUGCCUCCACGAGCAGGUUCCGCACGCCGGACACCUUCUGCAAACACUGCAACAGGGAAUUCAGGUUCUUCCGUGAUCUGCAGAAUCACCUGAAAGUCCACCAGCGGACCCCUAGCAAGCCCUUCUUUUGCCUCAAGUGCCAAACGGGCUUCAGCUCCAAGAACAACUGCAGCCGCCACAUCAUAAAAUGCCACCCAGAAAUCACCAAGGAUGACGUUGACAACUACAUGAUGGUUAAACAGAUGGAAGUUCAGGACAUCACCCAGACAAUGGCCAAUUCCUUUGCCAGCAACGGAGAACAACUAUCACCCAUAGAUUUCAGCAAGAAAUCCCCCUUGAUGGUAUCCGAUAGCGACCUGAGUGACCAGUCCUGGUUAAGUGCCUACACCUUGCCUAACCUGACCGACCUGGAUGCACCUAUUGACCUUAGUCUACCCAAAGACAAGAGUUCUUCCUCCUUCUUGCCUCCUGUUGACAGCAGCCUGGGCCGACUGCGGUUCAAGAGAGUCUACCACAAGUUCUACAGCAAAACCUUAGAUGCCUUGGUGUGUCCUCACUGCAGCAAGUCCUUCAAGCGGGGCUCCAUCUUCAAAGAGCAUAUCAGAUCCCACACUACAGAGCGACCCCACCGCUGCUACUACUGCAAGGCUGCAUUCACAAUGAAGGAAAGUCUGGAGAAGCACAUUGAGCGCCGCCACAGUGACGAGUCCAAAAGUGAGUCUCCUGCCCAGUCCUUCAUCCCCAAGAUUGCCACACCAAUGCAAUUUAAGCUGAUGUCCCGUUCCAGCCAGGGCCUGAGAGUCCGAAUCUCCCUUGACAAUAUUGACAAUGACCCAGUCGUCAAGCCAGAUGUGGAACAACAAACUUCUAACCUCCAAUCCCCUGGUAGUAGCUUUGGUUCAGAUGCCAGCGGAGAGCUGGCCAGUGUCUCCAAAAUUCUUGCUGCCAGCAGCAACAACUUCCAAGUAUGCUUUCCUCAAACUGGGGGACAAGCCAAGCAAGAGGGGGAAAUGGAGAAAGAAGAAUAUGCUAAAGACGAGGAGCUGUCCAUCAAGGAAGAGUUUCUAGAACUUGAGAAUCCCACCAAUACAGCUGGUAAUGCAGAAUGGGAUCAGGCACAGAUGCAAGACGUGGACUUAGCCGAGGAGUACGACUUGGUCAUUGAUGAAUCCCUUGCAUCCUCUUCCGAGGCAGGCGAUGGACAGGAGUUAAACAAGACGAAAGAGCGGUCCUCAGAGCGAGACAGAUCCAACCUCCCUACUAAGGAGAUGUGUCCAUACUGCAACCGCAAGUUUCCAUGGAUCAGCUCACUGAGGCGUCACAUCCUGACACACACAGGCCUCAAGCCAUUCCAGUGCCCUCAAUGCAACAGUAGCUUUUCCACAAAGUCCAACUGCGAACGCCACAUCGUACGCAGGCACUGUCUCAAUGUGAAUCCUGGAUCCAAAGUCCCUGAAAACCCAUUCUCUUGCCUGGAGGGCUGCACAGACAGUGCCUAUUCCACAAAACUGAAGCUGAUGAAGCACUACGAGGUUAAACACGUAGGAAUACCCUUCCCAGAAUGCUACAAGAAUGAGGUGAAGAAGCUACCAGCUUCUGUCAUCAGGAAUGCACUCGCCAAGCGAGCAAACAAGCUCAGCUUGUCACGUUCAUUUGGUAACUCGGAAUUCAAAAGCAAAGUGGGUUUUACGGGGACCACUCUGAAGCUCUCUAGACACAAGCAGUUCCUGAAGAGGAGACACUCUUCCGUGGAUGACAAACCACUGGCCCUUGUCAAGAAGAAUUCAAAUUCAUCUGCAUCAACCUCUGAGGUUGGAAAUAACAAAUCUCACGAGUUUCAUUCAAAGAAGAAGCAUAGUGUAUCUGUCAAGGGCAAACCAUUUCCUAUUAUUUUCAAGAAAAAGAAGAAACACAAGCUUCCUCCAUCAAUGGUUAAUGGCAGUGACACCACUGAGGAUCAGGCAUCUGACAAAGCUGCAGGGGAUCUCUUAGCGACUGACGAUACUGACCUCAUCACUGCAAAUCAGGCGAAUGUCAUGGGCGAGCCAAGCAAACAGCCUGCAAUCAGAAGCAAGUCCAAACGUAAACAUGCCCGGCACUGCUGCAGCCAGUGCUGCAAGCGCUUCAAGAGUGCCACCACACUCAAGCGCCACUAUCGUGUCCACACCUUAGAGCAUCCAUUUCGCUGUGCCGAGUGCUCUGCCAGUUUCACCACCAAGUUCAACUGUCAGCGCCACAUGUUGAAACUUCACGGCAAGUCCAAAGAGGAGACCCUGGCCCUCAUUGAGAAGCAACGAGCUGAGAUGACUCCUGGCAUUCCGGCCACAAAGCAACAGAAGGCUAUGGGCAACCAGGAAUUUGCUUCACAACAGAACGGCCAGGAGUCUGGUGCAGACCAUGGCUCACAGUUGGGCAGCAGCAAAAUUCCAAAUGGCGUAUCGAAUCCAGAUGUCACACCUUCCAGAGUCAAAGGCACCAGAGGCAAAACUGAUGGAGAGAAGCAAGCCGAAGCAGAAGACGAAUCCAAGGAGAAUCCAAGCGAUGAUGAAGCAGAUGCAAUGGAGGAGGAAAAUGGGGACCUGGAUGGUGAUGACUUUGGUGGAGUAGGCGAAGAGAUGGAGUUUGAUGAUGCCAUCUUGGACUCGGACCCAGAGGCGAGCAAUAAUGGCAGCGUGGACUUUGAGGCAACGUGGGAUGGGGAUUCAGGCAUUGGACCCUCAGAUGACCUCUACCAUCCUGCAGAGACCAGGGACUGCUCCAUCAUUAGCCCUAGUGGCCGGGGACGAGAUGUCUUCGUCUCGGGACAAACCGACAACUCAGACAUGAUCCAGAAUCUACUUGGGAUACAAGACUCAUCUGUCCUCGAUGAGAUGUUGGAUUCUGCAGAUUCUGCUGCCAAGCUCCUUGGUGUGGAGUAAGUCAAAAUAUGUGGGGAAAAAACAGUGGCAACGUUAUUUUAUGACAAGUAAAAGUAUUAUUUUGCUGGCCAAUUAAAAAACUUUUGAGACAAUACGAUUCGACAAAAUUGAAGGUGAAAAACAAUUAUGGCCAGACAUGCUCAUAGUGAUUUCUCAGAUAAGAAAACUUCCAACAGAAAUCUUCCAUGUUUGCCAAAUCAUUAAAAACUUCACUGUUUAGAUACAUGUAUAUCCAUAAAAUAUUUAGUCUUGACAAUGACUAUU